AUGCAUGAAGCUAAGUCUAGUUAACAAAUCCGUGUUUUGAAAAGAAAAAGAUCAAAGUGAAAAAGAUAAAGAUUUGAGUAUUAAAGUAAACAACUUUCCAAAUCAAUUUCACCUCCAUCAUCAAUACCAUCCAUCGAAACUUGUUAAUAGUAUACAUUCAGAUAAAUAUUUUCAUUUGCUAGAUAAGUUUGUAAAUAUUAAUUUCCAGCCGUCUAUUCGUUCGGAAUAUGGUAAUGGGCCUUCAAUGUUGGGCCAAUUCAAAAUCAUGAGGAAUUGUUGUUGUAGACCCAUACGGCCCAAUAACCCAUUCGGAUCGGAAGUCUUCAUCCCUAGCGACGAAGGCAGCCUUAUGCCGAGCACUGAGCUGCUCUCUACAUGAACAUUUGAUCCUCAUGGCUGCUUCUUUGCUACUUAGGGGAAAUCCUCUCCUGCGUUUAGGGCUUAAGCACCGCGGACUAUGUACUGGAGUCGUGCAAGUGACUCGCGGGUUUUGCUGCACUUCGACGGCGGCGUCUACUCCACCGGACAGCAACUUAACAUCUGCUGAUAAUACUACCUCAGUGUUGAGUGCCAGUGAGCCGCCAAAGUACCAAAGAUGGGACGAGCCUGAUUAUCGAAAGUGGAAGGACCAGGAGGAGGAAAUUCUCGGCGACAUCGAGCCUGUCAUAUCCCUCAUUAAAGAGAUACUCCACUCCAAUAGGUAUGUGGAUGGGGGCCGGUUGACAUCUGAGGAUGAGAAAAUUGUGGUCAGGCUUCUAGCUCAUCAUCCACAUUUUGAAGAUAAAAUUGGAUGUGGAAUUGAAUCCAUUAUGGUCGACCGGCACCCCCAUUUUCGGCACUCAAGAUGCCUCUUUGUUAUAAGGACCGAUGGUGGGUGGAUUGACUUCUCAUAUCAAAAGUGUGUUCGGGCAUAUAUCCGAACUAAAUACCCAUCAUAUGCAGAGAGGUUUAUUCGAGAGCAUUUCAAACGUGGUAGUUGAUGAAUUUGUGCUAUCAUUGAUGCUGAGCUGUGGUUUAAAUGAAUUUGUUUCGAUCAAGAGAGAUGUAUGAAUGACUAAAUGAAUUCUUCAUGGGUGGGUAACCUACGUAAAGGCAAAAUGUAACAGAUUGUCAAUGCAGUAGAUAUCAUGUCCUGAAUGCACUGCACAAUUUUUGAAAAUGAGAAGAGCUGCUAAUCAUUGAGGCCAACCUUCACUUUAUUGACUUGCACCUCUAUUAUGUUUGUGGUUAAGGUUAAUGGAUAAUCAGGUCCCCAGGGCAUUUUACUGUAACCGUUCAGAUGGAGAAUGUAGGACAAGAAGAUUGAUAAUAUUUGAAAAGUUUAAAUUGAUUUUUUUUUUUAUUCUA